AACAUACAGCUUGCAACUCCGCAGGGAAUAAUUUGCAUAUUAAUUAUGAUAUGAAAUACAUGUAUAAAAGAUACGUAAACGAUGAUUUUGAAAUCAGAUGGAACACGGAUCAAUAAGAUGGGCGAUUUUACAGCCAGGAAUGCUAUUUUCUUGCUCUGCUUUGUUGCUUUCACCUCAGCAGUGAAAUGGCCAAGGGGAACAUAUACUUUGGUCAAGCCAAAGACCGGAUGUCCUCGUGGGUGGCUGGAGGGAUGGAGAUGGCAGGACAAUGAGGACAAAAAUAACAAAAACCAAAUCGAAGACGGACACCACUUCUUUGGCAUCAGUGGAAACAAUCCUAGGAAUCUGAAUUUCUCUUACUGCACAAAGGACCCCAAUGAUUUUAAUGACGAGGGAUAUUGGCCCAGUGGGAACUACUGUAUUCUGAAGCAUGGAAAGACUUGUCCUCCUGGAGCUUUCCAAAGUGGAACCGUUCAUUGGGAUGACGAAGACUCUAGAAAUAAAAACAGUGCAGGGGGAGAAUUGCCUAGUGGGAAGUUUGGUAGGAAUACAGAAAUCGACUACUGCUGCAGAAAAGACGGCCCCUACUCUACAGAAAUCAGACUUCCAAAAUCUAAACCGUUUUAUUUGUUGAGACAUACCACAUACUGUCAAAGGGUCAGGGGAAUGUACGCGAGAGAAGAAACCGUGUUUACAGAUGACGAGGACAAGAACAACAAAAAUAGCGUGUCCGGAAGUCACCCAUACGGACCAAGUAAUGGAGGAAGGAACUACAAGCUUUUCUAUUGUUACUAUUGGUCAUUGUAAUAAAGCACUGCAUCAUGAU